AUGUUUGACAACACUGUUUCCUCUCAUAAAACAUCCAUUGCUUUACUAAAGUUUCAAAAACAACAACAAGGUAAAAGAUUAAGUUUGCUUUAUAACUCGACGAUCACAACAACAACAUCAUCGUCGUCAUCUAGAAAACAAGUAGAAGAAGAAGAAGAAGAAGAAGAAGAGGAACAAGAACAAGGACAAGGACAAGACAAGUUUCAACAAGAACAAAAAGAAGAAGGAAGAGAUUUUUCAAUACCCUCUUCUCCUCGUACUGUCACCACUCCCACCACCACUACUUCUCCCGUUCCACCCAAUAUAACAACAACAGUAUCUGUAACAUCUAUAGUAUCACCAAGAUCCUAUAAUUGUAGUAAUAGUACUUGUAAUAAUAAUCAACAACUUUGUUUAUCAUCGUCAUCGUCAUCAUCAACUUUAUCAAAACAACAACAUCAACAAGAUCGAAUCAAUAGAAUGAGUAAUUUAUUAAGAGUUGCAGUAUCAAAGCAAAAGAGAAGAUACCAAAAGAAUGGAUAUGAUCUCGAUUUGGCUUAUAUCACCGACCGUGUCAUUGCUAUGGGUUUCCCAAGUGAAAAGGUAGAAGGUGUAUUUAGAAAUCCAAUGAAAGAGGUUCAAAAGUUUUUGGAUCAAUAUCACAAAGAUCACUAUAGAGUUUAUAAUUUAUGUUCAGAAAGAGAUUAUGAUCAUAACAAAUUUUAUGGAAGAGUUGGAUGUUAUCCAUUUGACGAUCACAAUGCACCAGCUUUUGAAUUGAUUCAAAAGUUUUGCCAAGAUGUAGAUGAAUGGUUCAAAGAAGACCCAAAAAAUAUUGCUGUUGUUCAUUGCAAGGCCGGCAAAGGAUUAAUGAUUUGUUGUUGGUUACUUUAUUGUGGUAUGUGGAAGAAUACUGAGGAAUCAUUAAGAUUCUAUGCAGCAUUACGUACCUAUAACCAAAAGGGAGUUACCAUUCCAAGUCAAAUUAGAUAUGUUCAUUAUUUUGGUAGAAGUAUGCGUGAAUCUAUUCCAGCCACCAAGAGUCUCCUUCUCAAAAAGAUCUAUUUGAAGCCACUUCCACUCGAUAUCUCACUCCAAGACAUUACAUUUAAUGUCUCGGUUGGCAAGACACUUGUAUAUCACUCCAAGCAAGUCGAGAAUGUCACCAUCCAUCGUCUACAAAAGAAAAAGAUCAAAAAGUCACAGAGCAAACGUGACCUCAAGGAAAAAGACAACACUGGCGACAAGGGUUCAUCGGCCAACGACGCCACCUCCUCUACCAACGGUAGCAACGGUGUUCUCGGCUCGAGUGUCCGCGGACAAUCGCUGAUCGACAAGCACCACCAAUCGCUCUCCAAGGGAUCGAGCCAAAACUACAAAUCACAAAUCGAGCACACUAGCUCCAAUGCUUCACUCUCUAGCAGCUCUAGCUUUGACUAUCAAGCCUACUACCUCAAACAACAAAACAAUGCCAAAGAGGAAGAACAAGAAGAAUAUAUCUCGUUUGACGUUGGCGGUAUCAUGUUGGCCGGCGAUAUUCGUAUUGAAUUCUGUAACAAAAAUGAAAGAAUGUUUAUGUAUUGGUUCAACUCUACCUUUACUUCUCACUUUGAGUCCAUUUCAAAGACUGGUCUCGACAAGGCUCACAAGGACAAGAACCACAAAUCCUACCCUGAAAAUUUCCGUGUAGAAAUGGUUUUCGAUGAAUUACCCGUUGAACACAACGAUCAAAAUGGAAGUGUCCAACAUCAACAACAACAAAAUAUAUCAACAACACCACUCUCUGUUGCACCAGCCAUUGCACCACCAUCUGAUCCAUCUCCUUCUAUUCCAAUCACUCCUGUCAAGAGCGACAAUCAAAAUGGUGCAACCACUGUAAUUGUCAAUCAAAAGGAUGAAACUGAUAGUGAGGAUAGUAGUGAUAGUACUAGCAGCGACGAACAUCAACAACAACAACAGGAACCACAACAACCAACUAAUUUAUCUUCAUCUAUAAAUGUUGCAAAUAAUUAA